UGUAUCUCAAUUCUUGGAUUUGUGAAAUAAUCUCCUCAGCUCUUCGAAUGCCAAACUCUGUGUUAACAGAACUGCAUCUGAUACAUAGUACAUUUUAUGAGAAAGUCUCUCAGGUAAUGGACUGUCGCACACAGACUGUGAGAACAUGGCAUCAGUCAUUCAAUCAGUUAUCAAAAAUCUAAGAGAACUGGAGCUGAGUGACAACAUACUGAAGGGCUCCUUGUGCUCUUUGCUUUCUGUUGUGCUAUCCAGCCCUAAACUGGAGAAGCUCAGACUGAACCGAAAUCCUGGGGCUGCAGAAAUCUCUAAGGUGUUGGUGACGGCACUUGUGUCCAACCUGUGUUACCUGCGAGAGCUGGAACUGAGCUACACCAAUUUUGGUGACUCAGAGAUGGAGAUCAUCUCUACAGGGCUGAUGAGUGAAACGUGUAUGCUGCAGGUAUUGAGUCUGAGUCACAACAAACUCACUGAAAAAGGCUGUGAGACGUUGGCCUCUGCACUCAGCUCUGACACUUGGCACCUGAGAGAGCUAGACCUGAGCUACAAUGACCUGCAGGACGCUGGAGUGAUGGCGCUCUGUUGUGCGCUGAAGACAUCACACUGUGAUUUGGAAACAAUAAGGCUCUCAUUCUGUAAAGUGAGGGGAGACGGAUGUGCUUCGCUGGCUUCAGCUAUGAGGUCUGACCACUGCAGCAUCAAGGAUCUGGACCUGAGCUUCAAUCACCUCACAGAUCAAGGAGUCCAGCUGCUAAGUGAAAUACAAAGGGAUUCACGCUGCAGUCUGGAGAAACUCAAGUAUGACUAG